AUGGAUGCCCAGGAUAUACCAUUCCAAAGGCUCUCCAUCUACCAGACAAAGGCUCGGCUCUACAUCGUUGGUUACUGCAAGCUGCGGGGAGCAGCUGCCCUUCUUAAGAUCAGCAAACAGGAACCCACGCAACUCGAUGUUGCCGAGGUGGUUGGCAGUUACAGUUUGGACGAGAUCCGCGCCAUGCUGUCCCAGAUCCACAUGGCUAACGCCCACUUGGGCGGACUACAGCUCGUCACACACUGUUGCGGCAUCAUCGGCUGCUUCCGCUUUACUGAGACGUACUACCUGCUCCUGGUGACACGUAAGGCCCACGUGGGCAGCCUGUGUGGGGGGCACAAGGUCUACACGGUGGCGGCCACUGCCCUGGUGCCGCUGCACCCGGGCUACCAGGGCGCAGCGGCGGGAGGGGGCGGAGCGGGAGGGGGAGGGGCCGGCGGGGGAGGGGGAGGCGGGGCGGCGGGGCAGAUGAGCGGAGCAGCAGAGAAGCGCUACGUGAAGCUGCUCAUGGGAAUGGACCUCACCAAGCAUUUUUACUUCUCGUACACCUACAACCUGGCGCACACGGUCCAGAGGAACUGCAGGAUGGCGCAGCAGCAGGCUGGAGCCUUUGGCGGCGGCGGCGGCAGCGGCGGCGGCGCCGGGCCGGCAGCUGCAGUGUCGUCCUCCGCCUCUUCCGUGUACGACAGCAUGUUCACAUGGAACGCCUAUCUGACGUCAGCCUUGCGGCGGGCGCUGGGCGGCAGCCUCCGCUGGACCGUUCCGCUGAUCCACGGAUUCUGGGAGCAGCGACGACUGUCUAUAUACGGCAGGCCGCUUACGUUGACUCUGAUAGCCCGGCGCUCCCGGCACUUCGCCGGCACCCGGUUCCGCAAGCGUGGACUCAACGACGCGGGCAAGGUGGCUAACGAGGUGGAGACGGAGCAGGUGGUGGAUGCGGGGGUGGACUACCGUACACGAACACCGCUGCUGUCCAGCGUCGUACAGGUUCGCGGGUCGGUGCCGUUGUUCUGGUCGCAGCAGCUGACGGCCCUGAGCCCCAAACCCGAAAUCAUCCUCCAGCAGUACGACCCGCUGUACGAGGUGACUGAGGCGCACUUCUCCGACCUGGAGUCGCGCUACGGGGCCCCUGCGGUGGUGCUGAACCUGCUGAAGAGCAAGGAGAGGCGGCCCCGGGAGAACCCCAGCCCCUGGGACUUCGCCAAGCAUGCCAAGCUGAGCGGAUCCAACCUCCUCAGCGAAAUGGCCGCCAUUACCCGGCUAGGCCUCGACAUGACGGGACUGUUCGUACACAAUCCCAGUGCGCCGGCGCGCGUCCACGCUCGGUCCGUACGAUUGUCCAGCGCCAUGGCGGCGGCGCCGGCCGCAGCCAGUGGCCUGGCAUCGCCGGUGGCCGUCGGCGGCGGUGGCGGCGGUGGCGGCAGCGGCGGCAUCCGCGCCCGUGCAUACAACUACUACAACCAAAGCGGCGGCGGCGCGUCCGGCUCCGCCGGCAGCGCUGGCGGCCUGAGCGCCGUACAAUGGCAGUCCGGCGUGCUCCGUACGAACUGCAUCGACUGUUUGGAUCGCACCAACGUGGCGCAGUUUGCGUUCGGUCUCGUGGCAUUCGGUCGCCAGCUGUACAAGCUGGGGCUCCACGACGUGCGGGACAUUGACGCGGAUAGCUCAGCGGCCUUCGUGCUGAUGGCGCUGUACGAGGCGAUGGGUCACGUGCUGAGCUUGCAGUACGGCGGCAGCGAGGCGCAUACCAUAUUCUUCCAGCGGAAGAAGGGCGAGUGGGAGGCAGCGACACAGUCCAAGGACUUGGUGACGUCCAUUAAGCGGUUAUACUCGAACACGUACAUGGACGCCGAGAAACAAGACGCCAUAAACCUCUUCCUGGGCAACUUCGUGCCACAGCCCAACCAGCCGCACCUCUGGCAGCUGGACACAGACCAGUAUCUUCACUCCGAAACCACGUUGCGGCCACCGCCGCCGCCGCCGCGGUCUCCGUCGCCGCCGCCGUCGCGGCCUCGGUCACGGGCGGCGACGCAGCUGGCGGAGGCGCCGGCGCCGGUCCCUCGUCCGGCGCCUCGGUGGCAGCGUACGCGUCUGCCGCCAUACCUUUCCAUAAGGCCCCAUCUAGCGGCGGCUUCUUCGCCAGUCUACUGCCCGCUUUCGGCCGUGGAGGCGGCGGUAGCGGCGGGGCCUGGCGGUGCAGGUACAGCGGCACGGUCAGCUGCAGCUGGCGUUGCCGGCGGCGACGUGGCGGGCGGAGCGAUCAGCGACCUGCCGGGGCGGCUGCUGGUAUCGUUUGACCAGGCCUUUGCUCGUCCCCCGUACCAGGUGUGGCCCAUCUUGCUCCACGGUGAGGAGGACAAGCAGGGCCGGUGGGCUGCCGUACAAUCCGCGUUUUUGUUCUUCUGGACGAGCAACCCCAGCGGCGGCGCUGGUGACGGCGCAGCCGGGCCCCGCAACAACAACUACCAACUAGAUGAUGCGCCUCGCCAGUUCUACGUCUGGUACACUCUUGCCCUGGCAGCAGCUUCACUCGUUUGUGGUUCGUCUUUCCCCCCGCCUCCCACCAACAGGCCACAGACGCCCCUGUCGCGGGUCCCCUCGGGCUUCAUCUCCGCGACCUUCUCCCCGGAGCCCUCGCGGCACGGCGGCACGGGUGUCCAAACGGUGACGGCGGCCGGCGGCGGCGGCGGCGCCGGCGGCGUAAUAAGCACUGCAGUGGCCAGGACGAUCACGGCGGGCACCGACGGCGGCAUGAGCGGCGGCAUGAGCGACGGGAUGCCGAGUUCACCAGCAGGCGGACCCACAGCCAUGGCCGCCGUCGCUAGUACGGCAAUGACCGUGGCGGCGGUGGCGGAGGAACUGUACGGAAUGCAGUCCCGUAGCUUGCGGCAGGUCUUGGAUGUCAUGGUCGAUACUGACCAUAAGGACGAGCAUCACGGACGCGAUACGACAUUCCGUACUGUGGCGGAAACUAUUCCGGCUCUCGGCGGCAUCAUGAGCGGCGACACAGCGUUUGGUGGCGGCGGCAGCGGCGGCGGCGGUUCCGCUGGGGACAGCGGCGGCGAUGAAGAUGACACGGCGUACUACUACUCUGCCGGCGAUGGCGAGGCGGCGGCAGCGGCGGCGGCGGGGCAGAUGGAGAGGGUUAACGGCGUACGGCAAGAUGUAUUUCCCCAUUCGUUUUCAUUUCGGCCCAAUGAGAGCAUCACCGCCUCCGGCGGCUCCGCUAUCCCCGUACUGAACGACUUCAUCGAGGUCUCCGGCGGUCCGUUGUCGUACACCACCGACUGGCGCAGCAUGGGUGAGGGGCACACGCUGGACCCGGUGACGCGGCGGCGUGCGGCGGCGGAGGCGGCGGCGAGAGCGCGGGAGGAGGAGCGGCAGCGUAAGCUGGUGACGGCCAGUCUGGAGGUGAACGACAUGCUGGCGCUGGGGCUGGAGGAUCUGGGUCUGAACUGGGAGCUGCAGCCGUGGUGGGAGAUGGAGCCAAGACCGGACUACCGACCUAGACCCUACGAGCCACAACCAGGAAGGCUGAUGAACGUGGCGCCGCCGCAUGAGCUGGAGAUGCGGGCGGCGGCAGCAGCAGCGGCUGCGGCAGCGGCGGCCGCAAAGGCCGACGCGACGAAAGCGGAUUCGUUGAAGUCAGUGACGACGACGGAGGAGAAGGAGGAAACGGAUUUAAUUUGUUUGGAUUCGGAAGAGGAGGAGGAGAAAAAGGAGGAGGUGUCGUUCAGCGUGCCGUGGUACGAGCCGCCGCCGGUGCACGUGCUGCAGAGGAAGAAGCAAAUUGAGCAUAAGGCCUUUCUGCACUUUGAAGUGGCGCAGAGGCACGCACAUGCAAAGUUUGGGGACUUUUUGGCGUCGAUUGCGCAGCCGUAUGGCCUUUAUGGCGAGGAUCAUCGCCGGGAGAUUGCCGCGUACGACGCCUUCUGCUACGUUGACAAAAUUUGA